GAAUCGCCGAAAACACUCAGCUCCUGUCGAGAAAGAAAAAUUAAUCGCGGUGUUCGUUUUUUUUUUAAAUUGUUAAAUAUGUAACUUAACUAACUGAAACUUUUAAGACGCGUCGAAGAGAAUGCGCCCAAUAUCGGUGAUAGAUGCAAAAUGUUUAUUGCUAGGGAGAUGGCCAGAGAAGCUUAAUGUUGGAGGUGAUGUUCUAAACAUUACUAUUGAUCUACGUAAGCUUCAGAGUCUGCCAGCACAUCUCAACCCAGGGCACCUUAGUAGCUUACUCCAGCAACAUAUCCUUGAUUUACAGUGUGUUUCAGAUAAAUUGAAAUUAUUGAUGAGAAAAGACAUUUCUGGAAUCGGAAGCACAGGAGAGACUAUGCUGCCUACAAAACCUGAUAAUUAUUCCAAUUUAGCAAUGACUGGCCAUAAGCAAAUUUCAAGUAAACCAAUUAAUCUAAAAACAAAAGUAUUCCUAAAUGACGCUCAAAACAAGUCUGAAGGACAAGACGAACCAAAUAGCCAAACUGAUACAGAAUUGGUUCAAAUCAAGGCAAACAGAGAUGAAAUUGAAAGAAGAAUUUCAGCAUUCAUGGAGAGAAAGCAGGCAGAGAUCAAUGAAAAUAACAUCCGUGAAUUCUGCAAUGUUAUUAAUUGUAAUCAAGAAAACAGCUGUGCUAGAACAGAUGCAGUCUUCACACCACACCCUGGUUUCAAAAGUCAUAUAAAAGUUUCAAGAGUUGUGAAUACAUAUGGGCCUCAGACAAGGACUGAAGGUGUGGAAGCAUCUCUGCAAAAACGUGAAACUGUGACACAAAAUUGUGGUAACCCUGCUGUUGAAGAGAGGCUUCAAAAUAUGGAGAUCCACUUGAAGCUUCCAACAGAUGGUCCAGUUCCGAUUGAUAUUUAUCAAAGGAUCAAGAGGCUGGAGGAUAGAAUUCUUCAUUUGGAAGGACUUUCUCCAGAAUAUUUUCAACAUGUGAAUUUUCCAAGCAAAAGGCGUAAAGUUCAUGAAACAAUGCAGGGCUACAGUCUGAUAGAAAUUGAUGAGAAGAUUAAUGCGCUGAAGGCAGUUCUGUUGCAGAAAGCAAAUGACCAGACUCUACCAACAGAAGCUGACAAGAAAAUGAAAACCUGCUGAAGUGACGUAAUUAACAUUCAGAUGCUGCUGUCUGAAAUCCAUAUUCUGGAUUGAAAAUGUCAGUUUGGCUCCUAUAAAGUUGUUUCCUAGUUCUAGUUCUCAGAUAAAUGGGAAAAGCAGCCAUUACUCUUCAAAAGUUGUCAGAACAGUGGAGACUUAGAAAUAUAUGUAUCCCAAUAUUCAGAAUAAACAGAACUUGUGCUAUGACAGGAUGUGUAUUAUAUUGUUUUGUACAAAAUUUUGGAUUUUGGCAUCAGAUUGUUUUAAUGUUAAAUGUAUCAAAUGCUGACCAAACAAGUGACUUGAGUAAAUCAUAUUUUAAGCAUUCAUUGUUCAUGUAACUAUUGCAUGUUAAUUUUGUGUAUGCGCAACAAUGAUGCAAUAAAAGUUUUGAUAAUGUUCA